UGGACCGAAUAAGGACCGUCCUCCACCCCGCCGCCCCCCGGCUUCCUUCCCGACCCCGCCGUCCCCCGCCUGUCUUUCUGCGUCUCUCACCUCCACCAGGUCCGUUCUGGUGCACACUGAUUUUUAAGGCUGGAGGUUCUCGAGCGCUUGCUGCCCAGGACUCCCCCUCCCCCUCCCCCCCAGAUGGAGUCCGAACUGCUGCAGUCCCCCCCGCUGGGACUCGGGGAGGACGACGAGGCCGACCUCACCGACUGGAAUCUGCCUUUGGCUUUUAUGAAAAAGAGGCACUGUGAGAAAAUUGAAGGCUCCAAGUCCUUAGCUCAGAGCUGGAGGAUGAAGGACCGGAUGAAGACAGUGAGUGUGGCCCUAGUUCUGUGCCUGAACGUUGGUGUGGACCCUCCAGAUGUGGUGAAGACCACGCCCUGUGCGCGCUUGGAGUGCUGGAUUGAUCCUCUGUCCAUGGGUCCUCAGAAAGCUCUGGAAACCAUCGGUGCAAAUUUACAGAAGCAGUAUGAAAACUGGCAGCCACGGGCCCGGUACAAGCAGAGCCUCGACCCCACUGUGGAUGAAGUCAAGAAGCUGUGCACAUCGCUGCGCCGGAAUGCCAAGGAGGAGCGGGUCCUCUUCCACUACAAUGGCCACGGCGUGCCCAGGCCCACGGUGAACGGCGAGGUUUGGGUCUUCAACAAGAACUACACUCAGUACAUCCCUCUGUCCAUAUAUGACCUGCAGACGUGGAUGGGCAGCCCUUCCAUCUUCGUCUAUGACUGCUCCAAUGCCGGCCUGAUUGUCAAGUCCUUCAAGCAGUUCGCACUGCAGAGGGAGCAGGAGCUAGAGGUAGCCGCGAUUAACCCAAACCACCCCCUUGCCCAGAUGCCCCUGCCCCCAUCGAUGAAGAACUGCAUCCAGCUGGCGGCCUGCGAGGCCCACGAGCUCCUGCCCAUGAUCCCCGACCUCCCAGCCGACCUGUUCACGUCCUGCCUCACCACCCCCAUCAAGAUUGCCCUGCGCUGGUUUUGCAUGCAGAAGUGUGUCAGCCUGGUGCCUGGAGUCACCCUGGAUUUGAUAGAAAAGAUUCCCGGCCGGCUGAACGACAGGAGGACUCCUCUGGGCGAGCUGAACUGGAUCUUCACCGCAAUCACAGACACCAUCGCGUGGAAUGUGCUCCCCCGGGAUCUCUUCCAAAAGCUCUUCAGACAGGACCUGCUGGUGGCAAGUCUAUUUCGAAAUUUUUUAUUGGCAGAAAGAAUCAUGAGAUCAUAUAACUGCACCCCUGUCAGCAGCCCCCGCCUCCCGCCGACUUACAUGCAUGCCAUGUGGCAGGCCUGGGACCUCGCGGUGGACAUUUGCCUCUCCCAGCUGCCCACCAUCAUCGAGGAAGGCACCGCGUUCAGGCACAGCCCGUUCUUUGCGGAGCAGCUGACUGCCUUCCAGGUGUGGCUUACCAUGGGUGUGGAGAACAGAAGCCCCCCGGAGCAACUUCCCAUCGUUUUACAGGUGCUGCUAAGCCAGGUGCACCGCCUGAGAGCCUUGGACUUGCUGGGAAGGUUUCUGGACUUGGGUCCCUGGGCGGUAAGCCUGGCCCUGUCGGUGGGCAUCUUCCCCUACGUGCUGAAGCUGCUCCAGAGCUCAGCCCGAGAGCUGCGACCACUCCUCGUCUUCAUCUGGGCCAAGAUCCUCGCUGUGGACAGCUCAUGCCAAGCUGACCUCGUGAAGGACAACGGUCACAAGUACUUCCUCUCCGUUCUGGCAGACCCCUACAUGCCAGCUGAACAUCGGACCAUGACGGCUUUCAUUCUUGCUGUGAUUGUCAACAGCUACACCACCGGGCAAGAGGCCUGCCUGCAGGGGAACCUGAUCGCCAUCUGCCUGGAGCAGCUCAGCGACCCACACCCCCUGCUCCGCCAGUGGGUGGCCAUCUGCCUGGGGAGGAUCUGGCAGAACUUCGACUCCGCGAGGUGGUGUGGGGUGCGGGACAGCGCCCACGAGAAGCUCUGCAGCCUCCUGUCCGACCCCAUCCCCGAGGUCCGCUGUGCAGCUGUCUUUGCCCUUGGCACCUUCGUGGGCAACUCUGCCGAGAGGACAGACCACUCCACCACCAUCGACCACAAUGUGGCCAUGAUGCUGGCGCAGCUGAUCAACGAUGGGAGCCCCAUGGUCCGAAAGGAGCUGGUGGUGGCUCUGAGCCACCUAGUUGUUCAGUACGAGAGCAACUUCUGCACUGUGGCCCUGCAGUUCAUGGAAGAGGAAAAGAACUACCCCCUGCCUUCCCCGGCGGCCACAGAGGGUGGGAGCUUGACCCCAGUGCGAGACAGCCCGUGCACCCCCAGACUUCGCUCUGUGAGCUCCUAUGGGAACAUCCGAGCCGUCACCACAGCCAGGAGCCUGAACAAAUCCUUGCAGAAUCUCAGCUUGACGGAAGAAUCGGGCAGCUCCGUGGCGUUUUCCCCGGGGAACCUGAGCACCAGCAGCAGCACCAGCAGCACUCUGGGCAGCCCUGAGAACGAGGAGUACAUCCUGUCCUUCGAGAUCAUCGACAAGAUGCGCCGCGUCAGCUCCUACUCGGCCCUCAACUCCCUCAUAGGUGUUUCUUUCAAUAGUGUCUACACUCAGAUUUGGAGAGUCCUAUUGCAUCUGGCGGCUGAUCCCUAUCCAGAUGUUUCUGAUGUGGCCAUGAAGGUGCUCAACAGCAUUGCCUACAAGGCCACGAUGAACGCCCGGCCGCAGCGCAUCCUGGACACCUCCUCACUCACGCAGUCGGCCCCCGCCAGCCCGACCAACAAGGGCAUGAACAUCCACCAGGCCGGUGGCUCCCCGCCCGCAUCCAGCACCAGCAGCUGCAGCCUGACCAACGACGUGGCCAAGCAGCCCGUCAGCCGAGACCUGCCCUCCGGCCGCGCGGGCCCUGCAGGCCCUGCGGGCACACAGUACACGCCCCACUCCCACCAGUUCCCCCGCACACGGAAGAUGUUCGACAAGGGCCCGGAUCAGACGGCAGACGACGCUGACGAGGCUGCCGGACACAAAAGCUUCAUCUGCGCCACCAUGCAGACUGGCUUCUGCGACUGGAGCUCCCGGUACUUCGCCCAGCCCGUUAUGAAGAUCCCCGAAGAGCACGACCUGGAGAGUCAGAUCCGCAAGGAGCGGGAGUGGCGGUUCCUGAGGAACACGCGCGUACGCAAGCAGGCCCAGCAGGUCAUCCAGAAGGGCAUCACCAGACUGGACGACCAGAUCUUUCUGAACAGGAACCCCGGCGUCCCCUCCGUGGUCAAGUUUCACCCCUUCACGCCGUGCAUAGCCGUGGCCGACAAGGACAGCAUCUGCUUUUGGGACUGGGAGAAAGGGGAGAAGCUGGACUACUUCCACAACGGGAACCCUCGCUACACGAGGGUCACCGCCAUGGAGUACCUGAACGGCCAGGACUGCUCGCUCCUGCUGACAGCCACAGAUGACGGCGCCAUCAGGGUCUGGAAGAAUUUCGCUGAUCUGGAAAAAAACCCGGAAAUGGUGACUGCCUGGCAGGGGCUCUCAGACAUGCUGCCAACAACGCGAGGAGCUGGGAUGGUAGUGGACUGGGAGCAGGAGACCGGCCUCCUCAUGAGCUCUGGCGAUGUGCGGAUCGUCCGCAUCUGGGACACGGACCGCGAGACCAAGGUGCAGGACAUCCCCACGGGCGCCGACAGCUGCGUGACCAGUCUGUCCUGCGACUCCCACCGCUCGCUCAUCGUGGCCGGCCUGGGCGACGGCUCCAUCCGCGUCUAUGACAGGAGGAUGGCGCUCAGCGAAUGUCGAGUCAUGACGUACCGCGAGCACACGGCCUGGGUGGUGAAGGCGUACCUGCAGAAGCACCCGGAAGGCCACAUUGUGAGCGUGAGUGUCAAUGGCGACGUGCGCUUCUUUGACCCUCGGAUGCCGGAGUCUGUGAACGUGCUGCAGAUUGUAAAGGGGCUGACAGCCCUGGACAUUCACCCCCAGGCAAACCUGAUCGCAUGGUAG